CACCUUCAAAAUCAAAAUAACAACCAACUCACUUUAAGAUCAUCGCCGGACAUAGCAGAGACAGGCCAACCAUGACGUGGCUCUCUGACAAGGCGACUAGGGCCGGAUCCGCCACUCGCAACCUCUUCCGCCACCAUCCGUCCCAUUCCAAUCUCCAUCCUCCCACCGUAGGCAUCCUUGCAUUCGAGACCGCCAAAGCCAUGUCCCGCCUUGUCGCCCUCUACCAUUCCCUCUCCGAUCAAGAGUUCCUUAUGCUCCGUAGAGGGCCAAUGAAAUCCCAAGGCGUCGCCCUCUUGAACUCAAAAGACGAUAGCUUUCUCCUGAACCUCGCUUGCGCUGAGAAGCUGGAAGAUCUAAAUCAAGCUGCCAGAACAAUUGCACGUCUGGGAAAAAAAUGUACCAAUGCAGAACUCAACAAUUUCGACACCACAUAUGAAAAUAUGAAACAGGGGAUUGUCAAUUGGACAGGAACAGAGUUCAAAUCCAGAAUUGUGGAGAAGAUGAUUGAGAGAAUGGAGAAAUAUGUGAACACAACAUCGAUCCUGCAUGCAUCCUUGGUGGCACUAAACGAGUUGGAAUCAUCGGAGAAGAAGAUCAUGAAAUUGAAGAAAAACGGCAACCCCACGAAACUUCAGAAAACAAAUCUCGAUUACUUCAAUGAAAAGAUUGCGUUUCAGAGAAAACAGGUUCGGUUUUACAGAGAAAUCUCCCUCUGGAACCAGACGUUCGAUAAAUGCGUCGAAUCGAUGGCGAGAAUCGUGGAUGUCGUUUUCGUUAGAAUCUGUGUUGUUUUUGGUCCCUUCGUCCCGAGCCUCCCCUGCAUUUCGAAGAAGAACGUCGUCGAUCAGCACUUCCGCCAGCACAUUUCAAACCCAAAACCGAUUCCGAUGACGGUUCAUCCGGAGGCCGAUUACUGUCUCCUUGAGGACAGGAAGAAACACCUCAACCGCAAGACGAGAUCGGGUCCGAUUCCGAUGAGGGUUCAUCCGGAGGCCAAUUACUGUCUCCUUGAGGAUAGGAAGAAACACCUCAACGGCGGGACGAGAUCGGGUCCGAUUCCAAGCAUUCUCCGGAAACAGGUUGCGGGUCCAACCCGGUUCCAUAGCGGCAAACUUAUCAAAAGGGAAGAAAAGGGAUUAGGCUUUCGAAUUGCCACCGUAACCACCAAUAACGGCAUUCCCCAAAACCCCGGAGGUAGUGGGAGCAGUCACAAUCAAAAGGAUACAAACAGACUACUUUUGCAAUCGCCUCCGCCGAACACCGUGGGAGGCGCAGGGCUUGCCGUACGGUACGCAAAUGUGAUCAUAAUGGCGGAGAGGUACUUCAAUGUACCAGCGAGUAUCGACAACGAGGCACGUGCCUACAUGUACGAGUUGUUGCCGGCAAGCUUGAAGCAGACGGUGAGGGGGAAGCUGAAGAGCCACUGGUACAAGGACGCAGAGGAGCGGGAAGGGGAGGGCCUGGCACAGGGAUGGAAGGAAGCAGUGGAGGAGAUAAUGACGUGGCUGGCACCCGUGGCACAUGACACGGUGAAGUGGCAGCAAGAGAGGAAUUUGGAGAAACAGAGGUUCGAUGCGAAGCCAACAGUUCUGUUGCUGCAGACGCUGCACUUCUCCGACCUGGAGAAGACAGAGGCGGCGAUUGUGGAGGUGUUAGUGGGGUUGAGCUAUAUUUAUAGGUAUGAGAACCGGUGAUAUACAGAUGAUGCCGAGGACGAUCUCAGUAGAUGAACCCUGGAGUUUGGCAUAAUAAAUUCAUUGGGAUCAUAUUUAGUGACAUCUUUCUUGGUUUGUUCAUUCUAUUCUUUUCGCAUUCUUUCUGAAGAAUCAACGAAAUUUCAUGGGAAAGAAAGGUUUUGUUGUGUUCCUUCGUGAACAGAAAUUAAAGAUCAGAAAUCUAUAAUAAAGAAAUGUUUAAUUG